CAGCAUGAGAUGGUAAUAACAUAAUAGUAGCAACAGCCGCUUUCUUUUGCCAACGGGCAUGUGCGAGCUUCCCUUGCGCACAUGCCUACUAGGCGAAGGCGCUUCAGGUGUGCGAGCAUGUGCAGAAGCGUAGGCUAAGGGCCAGACUCGCGCACUCUGCCUGGCAGCCUUUGAGCGGGCGAGGCGAGCGAAUGAGACAAGUGGGAGGGGAGGGUGACCAGCCGAGGCUAUCGCGCGGGCCCAGCUCCCUCCCUCUCGUGUCUCCUCCCCUGGUGUUGGGCGGCUGCUGCUUCUAGCAAGCAGUUCUCCCUCUCUCGUCCUCCCUCCCUUCUCCCUCCCUCCCCCCCGAGCUGGUUUUCCCCUGGCUGUUGCUGCCGGCUGUUUUCCUCCCGCCGCUAUUUCGGCCUGAGAGAGGGAGAGCGACGUGACGCUUCCCUUUGACAUAUAAACAAGGACUUCUGGAAAGAAGUUGAUUUUGGAAACAUUCUUCCUUGUUUACAAACCUCCUGUAUCUCAGCUUUACUAGUUACCAUCACUGAGAAGAUUUACAUAUUUUGCCGUCAGCCUCCUAAUCUUUCCAGGGAAUGCACCAUGACAUCAGCAGCAGUUGACAGUGGAGGCUUGGGUCUGGAGUUUGACAGCAAUGGAGUACAAAUUCAAGGAAAGGAGAAUGAACCUGUCUCUGAAUAUCCAGCAGUGAUUGUAGAGCCAAUACCAAGUGCCAGAGUAGAACAAGGAUAUGCCGCACAGAUUUUUGUUUAUGAUGAUGAAACUUACCUUCUUCAAGAUGUUGCAGAAGAACAAGAAAUAGAGACUGAAACUGUGAAAACAGUGGAAGCAUCUGUACAUGGCAGCAAUGUGCACUGUUCAGAUAAGACAAUUGAAGCAGCAGAGGCAUUGCUUCAUAUGGAAUCUCCAACCUGCUUAAGAGAUGCUAGAACUCCAGUGGAAGUUUUUGUCCCACCUUGUGUGUCAACUCCAGAGUUCAUUCAUGCUGCAAUGAGGCCAGAUGUAAUUACAGAAACAGUAGUGGAGGUAUCAACUGAGGAGUCUGAACUAAUGGAUACAUCUCCUAUUCCAACAUCUCCAGAAAUCCUUGAGCCAAUGAAAAAAAAGAAAGCUGGCCGCAAGCCAAAAACCCAAGUGCCAUCAGCCGUUUCCACUGCAUCUCCAGACUUGGGUAUAAAAAAGAAGCCAAGAGAAGGCAAAGGAAAUACAACCUACUUGUGGGAAUUUCUUCUAGAUCUUCUUCAGGACAAAAAUACUUGUCCUCGAUAUAUCAAAUGGACUCAACGGGAGAAGGGCAUCUUUAAACUUGUGGACUCUAAAGCAGUGUCCAAACUAUGGGGAAAACACAAGAACAAGCCUGACAUGAACUAUGAAACAAUGGGAAGGGCUCUGAGGUACUACUAUCAGAGAGGAAUUCUGGCAAAAGUUGAAGGGCAAAGGCUUGUAUAUCAGUUUAAGGAAAUGCCCAAAAACAUUGUGGUUAUUGAUGACAAGAAUGAAUGUGGCAGUGAAGAUUUAUCAAUCCCCACAGAUGAGAAAUCAUUGGAACGAGUGUCGUUGUCUGCAGACAACCUCUUGAAAGCAGCAACCUCUGCUCGUGCAGGAAAAAAUGCUUCUCAGUUGAACUGCGCAAGAGCAGAGAAGCCCAUUACCAGAGUGGUGAAUAUCUCCUCACCUGGGCAUGAGAUGUCAUCUUGUUCUCCCGCCACAGCUACCGUUCCAGCAACAACAGCUCCCAGAACUGUUCGUGUGGCCAUGCAAGUGCCUGUUGUAAUGACAUCUCUGGGACAGAAAAUAUCGACUGUUGCAGUGCAAUCAGUAAAUGCAGGGUCACCAUUGAUUACCAGCACAAGCCCAACAACAGCAGCAACCCCAAAGGUAGUAAUCCAGACAAUCCCUACAGUGAUGCCAGCAUCUUCUGAAAAUGGAGAGAAAAUCACAAUGCAGCCUACAAAAAUAAUUACCAUCCCUGCUACGCAACUUGCCCAGUGCCAGUUGCAAACAAAAACUGGUUUGCCUGGGACAGGAAGUAUUAACAUAGUUGGAACACCACUAGCUGUGAGGGCACUUACUCCUCUGUCUAUAGCCCAUGGGACACCAGUGAUGAGACUAUCCAUGCCGGCCCACCAGGCAGGUAGCCAUACUCCUCCCAGAGUUAUUAGUGCAGUGAUAAAAGGUCCAGAGGUCAAAUCUGAAGCAAUGGCCUUAAAGCAGGAGCGGGAGCUUAAAACGCUGCAACUUGUUCAAGAAGAAAAGCCAGCAGAUGGAACCAAAACAGUUACCCAUGUGGUUGUUGUUAGUACUCCAUCAGCUAUUGCCCUCCCUGUAACUGUGAAAACAGAGGGAAUGGUAACGUGUGAGAAAUGAAGAAAAGGCAGCUAUGAACAUGAAUUAUAGACCAUUGUGGAAUUAAGCAAACUGACAUUUAGGGAGGCAGGGAAAUGGACACAAUCAAGAAGUAACAAAGAACUGGGAUUUUAAAAAUUGUUAAUAGUUAUGCAUAUAUUUGAAACUUACUGGAAAUGAAUUAAUAUCCCAUGUUUCAGUGGGAAUUGAACCACAUCCUCACGCUGACACAAUUGCCUCUUGCAAAUUGGGAAGCUACUAAGUUGAUGAAGAAGAAAUUUUUUAGGGGUUGACAGGAAUCGAGAGGCUCACUGCAUUAUCAAGUUACACUAAGACAUGGAAUACUAAGCUGGUUCUGUGAAGCGUUCUUGGUUUAUGUCUAUGGGGGAGGGACAGCAAGAAGAGUCUCACUGUUACGUGACAAAUCUGACGCAUUUAAAAUGUGCAUACCAGCAAUUACUACUGUGUAUUCACAGUAUUCAACUGGUGCUAUGUGAAAAACUCUGCUACUAGGUAUUUUAGAAUGUGAAUUAAAGGAGAGGAUUAAAAAGCUUCUAAAAGAAGACAAAGAUCUAGAGGGAUUUUUGUAUCAUACAGCUUAAGCAGAUUUAAAAUGAAAGCCUUAGACUGAUUUUCAGUUAUCUUUCUUGAAAUAAGCUAAUGGCUUGUUUGUGUAAAGCAUUUUUUAUUAAAAUAAUUUUUUAAAAAAUCUUAUACCUAGCACAGUAUUGUUAUAGAAUUACAUGUAACAUAUUUUGUAUGGUAGUUAAGUCUGUCAGUUUCUUAAUUGUGGACAAAGUGGCCAUAGGGUUGUGUUGGCCUUUUGCUUCACCAGGCCUGGGUCACCCACUUAGUCUUGACAUCUGUGCAUACAUUUCAAUUUCAGCUUCUACUCUGUCACUUGAAAGGUCACGCUUGGCAUGAACUCUUGUCAGGUAGUUAAGAGCCUGUACAUUUUUUUAGUUGAAGUUAGAGGGAAGUACCAGUGUUCAGAAUGAACUAUAAUAGUUUGUAUAUUCAACAUUUAAAGUAUAUUCUAUUUUGUUGUACUCUUGUUUCAAAGUGUAUUCAAGUAGGUUUUACUGAAAUACAAACAUGAAAUUUAA